GCGGGGGCCAUGGGCACCAUGGCGGGCGGGGCCGGCGGGGCCCUGCGGCUGCCCGGGCUGCACGGCUACGCGGCGGAGUUCUCGCCGUACUGGCCGGGGCGAGUGGCCUGCGCCGCCGCGCAGUACUACGGCAUGGCAGGUUGUGGAACUCUGGCAGUGCUGGAACAAAAUGAAGCUGGGAUUGUUCUGCUGAGGAGUUUCGACUGGAAUGAUGGCCUGUUUGAUGUGACGUGGAGUGAGAAUAAUGAACAUGUGUUGAUCACUUGUAGUGGAGAUGGAUCUCUGCAAAUCUGGGAUACAGCUAAAACCAAAGGUCCACUGCAAGUCUAUAAAGAGCACACUCUGGAGGCAUAUAGUGUUGACUGGAGCCAAACUAGAGGAGAGCAGCUAGUGGUGUCUGGUUCAUGGGAUCAAACAGCCAAGCUGUGGGAUCCAGCUGUGGGGAAGUCAUUAUGCACUUUUAAAGGCCAUGAAGGGGUCAUUUACAGCACUAUAUGGUCUCCACACAUCCCAGGUUGUUUUGCAUCUGCCUCAGGUGAUCAGACUUUAAGAAUUUGGGAUGUGAAAGCCCCGGGAGUCAAACUUGUGAUACCAGCCCACCAGGCUGAGAUCUUGAGCUGUGACUGGUGCAAAUAUGAUGAGAACUUGCUGGUAACUGGUGCAGUUGACUGUAGCUUAAAAGGCUGGGAUUUGCGGAACAUCCGGCAGCCAGUGUUCGUCUUGCUGGGUCAUACCUAUGCUAUCAGAAGAGUAAAAUUUUCACCAUUCCAUGCAACCUUAUUGGCCUCUUGCUCCUAUGAUUUUACUGUAAGGUAUCUGUCUGCUAACACAGUUUGCUAUCUUGGAUGGUUUUGUUACCUCCCUUGGGUUGAGGUCCAGGAGGCUGUGGAGAAACUGCUAAGAUUCUGGGACUUUUCCAAGCCUAAUCCUUUGCUGGAAACAGUUGAACAUCAUACUGAAUUUACAUGUGGACUGGAUUUAAGUCUUCACAACCGUGGUCAGGUGGUGGACUGUGCUUGGGACGAACUGGUCAAGAUCUAUACUCCAUCAUGUCUGGCAGUUCCUGUUUAGAGGAAAAGUGAUGAUCUCACACACCAGGAACCUUUCUCUCUUUCAGACUUGUGCUAAAGUGUCAACUGUAUCACUAAUCUUAGUGUCUCUUUUUAAGUAAAACUACUUGAAUGGAGUGUUGUGCACUUAAACAUGUGGAGAUUUUAGGGCUUGGUUUACUGUACGGGUAGUAUUUGAACUAGCAAAAUGUUCAACAGCCACUGAAUGGCUGAAGAGUGGCCAUAGCAGGAUAUGAGUGGUGUCUUUAGAGUCAAAUCACCAAUGCAGUUUUGUGAUCUGUCUGGCUAAUGAUGAGAGCAGAGGCCUGAAUCUUCUUGUUCGUUAUAAAGAAUAAAAGUAACUGGCAGUGUAUUUUGAUUAUGUCACUGUAGAAAAGAAAAGAAAGGGGGGGAAAAAAGAAAAGAAAAUAAAGGCUUUUUUCACUGUAAA